AGACGUACAUUUAAAAAUGGAUUCACUUUUUUUCAGCCACAAGAGGCCAGAAUUCCGAUUCCGUGUUUCUCAAAUAUCAGGAUUAUUGCUACGAAUUUUAUCUUCCUGAAAUUCAGCUCAUCUCAGAUGCAAAACUGCAUUGCGCAACCCAUAAUGCAACACUGACAAGCAUACAUGAUGUCACGGAGAAGGACGCGUUAAAACAACAAAUGGAAAUAAUAUAUUUAGAUUCUGGGUUGAGUUACUGGUUUAUUGGUCUAGAAAGGCACACAGUCUACAAAAAUUUCUCAUUCUGGGUAGAUGGGUCAGCGGUAACAUAUACCAACUGGGGAAGUAAAAUAGUAGGCACUACUGUACUAUCUGAACCAGAUGGACUUUUACUAGGCGAGGACUGCACCGUUGUUAUACGCAAAAUAAUCAACAAGACUGUCCAAUAUAAAUGGCAUGAUGUACAAUGUAAUCGCAGACAGGCCUUUAUAUGCAAGGGAUUUUACAAUUCAUCGGGACCCUGUGGACCAGAUGCCACAACUGUUAUGACAAAGUCCAUUAAUGACACAACUGUCUAUGACACAACAACUGCUCAUGACACAACUGCUCAUGACACAACUAGUGGAAUGAUAAGCACAACUACAGAAAAUAUCUCAACACAAAACAACACCACUAAUGAGUACCUCACUCCAACAAUUACAACAAACAAUAAAGAAAUUACAACAAAUAAACCAGAGAUUACAAGUCAUACAACUAUGACAAUAAUAACAGCAAUUAAAUCAACAAAACCAGAAACCACAAGAAUGACUUUAAUACAAGACACUACCAAAGGAGGACACCAAAUCCCAGAAACCUCUCCAUCUCAAAAUAUGUCCCUACCUCCUUUAUCAAUAUACAAACGAGAACCUGAAGAAAUGACAUUUUAUAAAGACCCAAUAACUUUAGCAUUAGGAGGGCUUGGGCUUAUUAUAUUUUUAUCGCUAAUAGGUGGCACUAUAUGUAUAGAUAUCAUGACGCUCACUAGGACUUGCAAAAGGAGGUAUCCAAUCAGAACAAAGAGAAGGAAAAGACGGAAGACCGUAACAGUUGAGUUUUCUAAAAUGACAAGGAGUGAAGCAUGUCAUGAAUGUUUCAUGAGUGUUGAGGCACAGCAUAUAUAACAAGAAUAAGCUCAGUAAAUCAACCACAAUCAAAUCAAUAAAGAUUAUCUCAAAAUAAUACAAUCAACAUUUAUGAAGAUUUUUUCACCUUAAUCAACUGAACUUAUCAAUGAUAUCAUCUGAAAAAGGUUGUUUCAGACAUUAAAAAAUUCUAUAUUAAUGUUCGUAUUUUAAU